UGGCAGCCAUGCCUCCGGAAUAUCGUUUCCACCGCGUUCCAAGAAGAGACGAGAGCCCAUUAUCCUCCAUGGAAUUUCGGGUGAUUCCCUUCUGAAGCAAGUCGCGGACUGGGACGACGGGCAAAUCGGUACCCAGUCGAGUGCAUAUGGUUUAGAUCCGUUCGCAGCGUCAAUACGUCCACCGGCCGUUCCGCGGGUGCCAUCUUCUCAGAUGAACCCAACUACAGCGCCCACGGCGCUUACGAUCCCUACACCGAACACGCUCGAAUACAUCGACCAGGAUACUGGCCCUGCAGCCCCUAUCUCAGCUUUCAGUCGAUUGAGACGAUCCUCGCCAGCCAUCCCGACAGCAUCCGCCCCGCGGUCUUCACCAUCCUUUACGCCAUAUAGGCCGUUGGCGGACCCAAUCAGCCACGUACCAUCCAUCUCUGCAGGCCAGAAACGUCCAAGAGAUCAAGAAGCGGAGAGCAGCAUGGGUGAGCCCCAUCCCAGGAAGUCUCAUCGUAUCGGCGUACGGUCUAUCCUGAACCGAGCGAUCUCAUCGAGCCAGGAAGGCAAGCGAAAAGCCAGCAACGACGCAUCGCAGAGGCUCCGCAACCGGACAAGGCGCGAGACUGAGCUGGAAGAAAAGAUCAUCACCCUCCAGGACGAGGUCCAGAAGCAGUCGGAGGCCCUGCAACAGCAGGCCCAGGAUAUCCGCGUGUUAAGAGCAGGACUUCUAUCGCUCAGAGAAACUUCUACCGCGACCAUGGCUGGCACAGAGCAAGGACUGCUGAGGGAUGAAUCGAUGUGAAGUUUGCAGCGAUAUCCUGAUCCCAACAGAGAUGUUGACAAUAAUAUUGGUCCGAGAGUGAAGUGAUGCAUGUUGCUCGAUCUCGGGACUUCAAGCGCAGAGAUGGCAUCCAUCUACACAAGCAAAGAGGGUUCUUUGAUAUAGAGAUCACCAGUUUUCAAUGAAACUCGACCACCUCAACCACCCUCAGACCUCAUCUACUUCAUGGUCCGACUGUUAUUUAUUAGCACCAUACCCAGUGAUGUUUGCAAAAGAGACCUGAAUGUA